AUGGCUUCCGCCUCGCCGUCGUGGGUCAUCCUGGGCAGCGUGCCGCGGGUGUCGGCCGCCGACGCCGACCUCCCCCAGGGCGCUGACCUCUCCCUCGCGCUGCCUGCGCCGCCGCGCGUCGCGGUCCUCACCAUCCCCCCGCGCAUCUUCCCGGGCCGCACCACCUCCAGAAGCUUCCCGUCCGUCCUCGCCGCCGACGCCUCCGGCCUCCUCCUCCUCCACGCCGACCAAGGCCCCGCCAAGGGCCCCACCGUCAUCGACCUCCCCAGCCGCCGAGAGUUCUUAUGGCUCCCGACCGUCGCGGGCUACUUCCUCCUCGACGCCAAGUCCGCCUCCGCACUCCCGCUCCCCAACCCCGAGUACGUCAUGCACCCGGGCCACCUCGGCCUCAUCGCCUCCCCCGCCGACGCCGGCCACUACAUGGUCGCUGAGCUCCAGAUGAUCCUCGGCGGCGACCGUGCCGACCUCCUCUGCUUCUCCUCCGAAGCCGGGGAAUGGGUCACCAAGGACGUCCGCUAUCCGCUUCCAUCCCGCCCCUUGAGCCCCAACGGCGUGGUCUCGCACUCCGGGAUGCUCUGGUGGGUCGACCUCUCCUGGUGCCUCCUCACCUGCGACCCCUUCGCCGACGCGCCGGUGCUGAGGGUCGUCCCGCUUCCGGAGGGCAAGGCGCUCAAGUCCAAGGAAGCUUGGGGACUGCUCGACAAGUACCGCUGCGUGGCUGUCAGCGGCGGCAAGCUGCGGUUCGUGGACAUGUACAGGAACCUUAACAGCGCCGGCUCUGUUCAGAUCAGCGUGUGGACGCUCGUCGAUCCGGACUCCACGGAGUGGACGCUGGAGUACGAGGCCACCUUUAAGGAGAUCUGGGACGACGCGAGCUACAAGGCGACUGGCCUGCCAAGGAAGAUCCCCGUGCUUGCGCUCGUCCAUCCUACGAACCCCGACGUGGUCUACUUCUUUCUGGACGAGCACCUGUUCGGCGUGGACGUGCGUGCUCGCAAGGUUGUGGAGCGUGAGAUCUACGAGCUGGUUCAGCCAGCUAGGGAACACGUCACCACCCGUUCCGUUCACGCUUGGCAGCUGCCACAAGCUCUCUGCUCAGGUAAUUCUACCGUCUACUGUUCUUUGAUUGUACGUACAUUCUUGUUAGUGACUGGAAAUAUUGUGUUUCUGUGUAACAUUGUGAGAGAUCAGAGGUGUAUGAUGUGUUGUCUGAUUUUCUAA